AUGGCUUCAAGGCAAGCAACGAAAGAAGAAAGAGCUGAGCAAGAUGCAAGAAUUGCAACGGCCGAGCUUAGUGAUGUGAACAGAGAGAGAAGAGAGAGAGAAGAAGUCGCUAAAAUGGAAUUUGAGUACGAGCCCGAGAUAGAUACCACAGAAGGGUAUGAACAGAAGGGUCCUGGUGUUAUCGGGAGCAUUUUGAGAACAGUCCAAGGGACAGUUGAGCAUGCUAAGGAGGCUGUUCUGGGCAAGUCCCAUGAAACUGCCGAGAGGACUCGAGAGACGGCGGAGGAAGCUGCAGAAAAUGUGGGGGAAUAUAAAGAUUCGGCGGCGCAGGAGAUGGGAGAAUAUAAGGAUCACAUGGGGGAGAAGGCUGAAGAGACCAAGGAUUCUGCGGCUGAGAAGGCGAAACAAGCUACUGAUAAGGCGAAGGAGACUAAGGAUUCUACAAUGGAGAUGGCAGGAGAAUAUACAGAUUAUGCUGCACAGAAGGCGAAAGAGACGAAGGAUACUACUCUGGGAAAAGCCGGCGAGUACAAAGAUAAUGCUGCUGAGAAGGCAAAAGAAGCAGCUGAGAAGGCCAAGGAGGCGGAGGAUACUACUUUGGGAAAAGCUGGUGAAUACAAAGAUUAUGCUGCAGAGAAGGCAAAGGAGACCAAGGAUUCUACAAUGGAGAAGGCAGGGGAAUAUGCAGAUUAUGCUGCACAGAAGGCCAAGGAGACGAAGGAUGCUACGCUGGAAAAAGCUGGUGAAUACAAAGACUAUGCAGCAGAGAAGGCGAAAGAGACUAAGGAUACUACCUUGGGAAAAGCUGGUGAAAACAAAGAUUAUGCUGCAGAGAAGGCAAAGGAGACCAAGGAUUCUACAAUGGAGAAGGCAGGGGAAUAUACAGAUUAUGCUGCACAGAAGGCCAAGGAGACGAAGGAUGCUACGCUGGAAAAAGCUGGUGAAUACAAAGACUAUGCAGCAGAGAAGGCGAAAGAGACUAAGGAUUCUGCUGUGGGGAAAGCAGGUGAAUACAAAGACUGUGCUGAAGAAAAGGCUAGGGAAUACGAGGACUAUGCGGCAGACAAAGCCAAGCUAGAAAAAGAAACAACAAUGGAGAAAGCUGGAGAAUAUAAAGACUAUGCAGCAGACAAGGCUAAGCAAGCAAAGGAUACAACAAUGGAAAAAGCAAAAGAAACAAAAGAUACGACAGUGCAAAGGGCUGGGGAAUACAAGGACUAUGCGGCAGACGAGGCUAAGCAAGCAAAAGAUACAACAACGGAGAAAGCUGGGGAAUACAAGGCUUACACUGCAGAGAAGGCCGUAGAGGGAAAGGAUACUACCGUUGGCAAAAUUUCUGAACUGAAGGAUUCAGCAGCCGAUGCUGCAAGGAAGGCCGUGGACUAUUUGACUGGGAAGAAAGAAGAGACAAAGCAGAAGGCACAAGAAACUGGUGAAGCAGCUACACAGAAAGCGCAAGUGACCGCUGAAGAAGCAAAGCAGAAGGCUCAAGAGACAACCGAAGCAGCAAAACAGGAGACACAAGAGACUACUGAAGCAGCUAAGGAGAAGUACCAAGGAACCAAGGAAGAAGCAAGAAGGAAAAUGGAAGAGAUGAAACUGGAAGGAGAAAGGGACAAGAAUGAGGAUACAAGUAGAGCCCAAGCGGAAAGAGAAAGUGGUGAAAAGGGCGGCGUCAUAUUUGGUGCCUUAGGCAGUAUAAAGGACGCCAUCAAAGAUAAAUUGACUCCACAUCCAACAGAAGCAAAAGAAGAGAUCCGUGAAACACGCGAACCCGGCCUUCCAAAGGCGGGGGAGAGAUUGGCGGUGGAUAAGGAGGGGACUCCGAUUGUAAUGGCGGUGGAGGUGGAGGAGACGCCGGUUGUAGUGGAGUUUGACACGGAGGAGACGCCUACCGGGACGACGGCUUCGGUAGUGGAGCCUGACGUGGUGACGACUCCUGCUGACCAGAUGAGUGGUCAAACUUUCAACGACGUUGGAAGGUUGGAUGAUGGUGGCCGGGUGCGCGUGGACCGCCCUGGAAGGAUGUAG